CGGUUACAUUGACGUGCGCUGCCGUUUUGGUCAAGGUUAUCGCCGCGAUGACGAGGUCAUGCGUUUCCCCGCUGCCAUGCAGCGCGUACUGCACGACCCAAAAAUCCGCCACAUGCUCGCGAACAAUUCGAUGGACAUAUUACCCCAGUAACAUCGGGAUUGCCCAACAGAGAGCUUACGCCCCGCCCGCAAGCGCACUGACAUCGGCGGCCAAAGUCCAGCAGCCCGCCGCCGCACUUCUGCACAGACCUUCGCAAAAGUGGUUUCAUCAGUGCGCUUAGACAUAGGACCACCACGAACAUUUGACACCGUCGUUGCGCCGAAGUCUGCGUUGGCGACUGACCGCACUUUGUUUUAGCGCAUCCCAGCCACAAUGGACACAAAGCAGAAGUACCUCAUCAUUAGCUAUGUCACCUGUAUCUUCGCACAGGUGAUGUUUGCGCUGUACGCGCUCGUCCGCUGCACGAUGUAUCUCAGGCGUCAGCACCAUGACCAGACGGCGGAGCAGUUCAUCACCGGUCGCGGCACCGCCGGCAGGUGGCGUAUCGCCUGGUCGUUCUUCGCCUCGGCCGUGGGCGCCUGGUGCAUCACCGCUCCUCCCUCGUUCGCCGUGUAUACCGGCAUUGUGGGCCUGGUCAUGUACGCCUUCGCAUCAGGCCUGCCGAUCAUCAUCAUCGCUCUGUUCGGCGCGCGCAUCCAAAAGAAGCACCCGGACGUGUGCACCAUGCCGGACUUUGUCGGCAAGCGCUACGGCCCUGUGGCCCGCACGACGUGUGUGGUCAUCUCGCUCAUCAACAUGGCCAUCGUGUUGCUGGCCGAGUAUACCACCAUCGGCAUCCUGUUCAAGUACUUUGUGGGUUCGGUGGACUACCCCAUCGUCAUCGUGGUGGGCGUGCUGACCAUGUUCUACACCGCGUACGGCGGCGUGUACAUCUCCAUCGUCACCGACCAGGCCCAGGGCAUCAUGACCUCUCUGUUCAUCAUGAUCCUGAUCAUCUACACCGCCAUCACCUACCGCCCCGAGAACCUGCCCAAGCCCCUGCCCAACGACACCACGUACGAGACCGGCUGGCCGCUGGGCGCCAACAAGUUCGGCUACAGCGCCAUCUUCUCCAUGCCCUGCUCGCUGAUGGCUGCCACCGUGUUCAGUGAGGCCAUGUGGCAGAAGGUGUGGGCCUCCACCGACCGCAAGUCGGUGGUGUUCGGCGGCUUUGUCGGCUUCGCGCUCACCAUGUUCGCCGUCUUCAUCUUCGGCUUUGGCGGCUGGCUGGCGGCUUGGGCGGGCUACGUGACCGAGGACACCGACCCUAACCUGUAUCUGUUCCAGCUGUUUGCGGACGAGCGCGACUCAGCCACCCCCGGCGCCUCCGUCACGAUCCAGUCUUGGAUUGGUGUGGUGUCGCUGAUCCUUGCCACCACCAUGAAUGAGGCGGCGGUGGACAGCCUGCAGAACGGCAUCACCAGUGUGCUGGCCUAUCACUUCUUCAAGGGCCAGCACACCGUCUUUCCGCGCAUCAUCGUGUUGCUCAUCAACAUCCCGCUCAUCAUCAUCUCGCUGCAGGGCUUCAAGGUGCUGGCACUGUUCCUGAUCACCAACAUGCUGACCACCUGCAUGUUCCUGCUCAUCGGACUGGGCCUGGUGGACCGCCUCAAGGGCUUCAUCACCGAGACCUCCGUCAUCGUGGGCUUCAGCACCGCCAUGCUCACCGUCACCGCCUACGGCAUCGGCAAGCACUGGGACCCGGCCGACAAGGGCCUGUCCGUCCGCUACGGCGCCUGGUACACCUGGUACGGCAACGUGUCGUACGACUGGGACUACUUCCUGGUGGGCGCGUGCUUCAGCCUGGUGGGCAUGCUGCUGUGGGCCGUGCCCGCCUGGCUGCUGCGCCGCUACGCCGGCAUCCGCGGCCCUGGCAUCAGCGGCGUGCUUCGGCGCCUGCCCGGAUUCCGCGUCAUCACCGGCGACGGCUUCCGCUUCGACCUGCUGUCCAGCCCCCGCCUGGCUGGCUUGUGCCGGCUCAUCAACUACACGCCGCAGCAGGGCCCCAUCAACGAGGCCGUCACCUCCUCCAACGCCUCCGACUCGCCGCGCAACCCCAACUCCAUCGACGCCAUCGCCGCGGCGGAGGCUGCAGCCGCCGCCGCCAAGCUGGGAGACCUGGACGCCAAGGGCGACACCGCGUACACAGCCAUGUCGAGCUAAGGGUUGAGAUGGCCCAAGCUGGGUCGAGCUAGGUCGAGCUCAGGGGUGGAACAAUGGAUGGGUUUGGGGGUUGGGAUUUAAACACUCUGGGAGGAGCAUGGCAUCAUGCAGGAGAUGUAUGUGUGGGGGAGAAAAGGUUCGAGCAUGACGGCAGCGCUGAGUCUGCAUGCGCGUGACCACACCUGGACGGCACAAAUCAUUACGUCGUGAACGCACAUCGGUCUCUGACGGUCCCUGAGGACCCUGACGCGUGCUCACCGUGAGCAGAUAUCUUGCGGGUGGUGGGGGUGGGGGUGGGGCAUUGCGCUGUGAUGUACACUGUGACAUGUGGCCGUGUGGGUGGGGGUUGCCACGUGUGUGAUAAUGCCAUACGUGGCGGUAUUAUGUGUGUGCACGUGUGCAUAUGGAAGUGUCCCAUGCAGUGAACUAGGCGGCACGCAGCGGCUUCUUGUGGCUUUACGCCAUUGCAGUGCACUCGUUUUCUGUGGUGCUAGUUACAGCGGCUCCCUGCCGUGGCCCUUCGGGUUUUUUCCUUUCGGCUAGCAGCUUGUGAUUGCGGUUGUGGUUGAUGCGGCCCGUGGGCACCAAGGCGGAGUGAAGGGUGGUUGCGGUGGUUUGUAUCCGUUGCAGGGACUGGCAGAGCCCAGCGAUAAACGGAAGGGCAGGGUGGAUAGCUCUUGGGUCCAUUUGUUGGGGCCCUGUUUCUUGAUCGCAAAGUCAAUCGAUUACGAUGGAGGGUAUUGAGCGUGCCAACAUGCGGCCUGGAAUGCCCAGCGCACGGCUGUGGCAGGUAGGGGACGUGUGGAGUCCCGUGGGUGUGGGUGCAGACGGUGUGUGGCGAAGCUGCUGCAUCGCGCAUCGGAGCACCACGCCCGCUUUGUGCUGCGUGAUGCAGUAUUCGAAGGAUUCACGUCUUUUCGCGUGGUGUAGUAGUGAUGUCGUGGGAAUUGAUGCACAUUGCAUUCAUCCUUGCUGCAUGCAGCCUGGCAGACGGGUUAGCUUGCCAUUCAGUCGCCAUCGCCAAAUCAUUGGGUGAUGGCGCGGCAGCAACACCCAGAUGCACCAGGAUGGUCGGCGCCACGCAAGCGCCCACAAACUGGUUGUUCGGAAACUAUGCGUUUUUCUCCUUGUUCAUCUUUCGUCAUCACGUUUGUUCACGAUGGUGACGAAGUGUGUCAAACCGGAACUGCAAUGGUGUUUGAAGGGUUGUUGAUUGAUCAACUUGUGGCACGGAGUGUACCAACAUAUCGACCCGCUGGCCAAAGGUUCCCACUUUGGCCGCACCCUGUGUGCGGACGUGCAAUAUGUGAGGGCUAUUUACAAGCAAUCUUUGGGCUCUUUGGGCUUUGGUAGCAGAUCAUGGACGAGCAUGGGUAGCCGCUAGGUGGGCGUGUGCGACAGGGGAGCUUACGGGUGCAGAGCACGAUGAGUGCUGCGUGCUUGUCUGCGGCUCUGGACGCGCGCGUCCCUUGGUUUUGCGCGCAGACCUUGCGCCGGUUCAUAAUGGGUGCUACUGUGGAGUCUAGGGGACAGAGAGUGUGUGAAUGCCUGAAUGAUUACACUGAUGCGCUAGGGGUGCUGCGGGUCGGUAGAAGCUGCCUGCCCCAACCGCACAUCCGAGCUCCGCGCCCAUGGCGAGUCAUGAUGACUCGACGGCGCUGGCUCGGGCGUGCGGGUGGGGUUGGUGCAGCGACCUCCGGCUCGGGCUGAGAUCACACCCUCAACACCUGCGGAGUGGCGGGGGGCUGGGGCGCGCGGGUGCAGUCAUUGCUGGGACUGCCCGCGCCCCGCCCCUCGUCACUCAGUCCACUGCUUCGGCGGUGGACUUCCGUUAACACGGGAACAGGGAAUGCGCAGAGAGGCCGUAGCGCUUGCACAGGAAGAGGCUGGGAGCAACCGAACGCCCUCUAGGCGAUGCGCCGAACUAAUCUGUCGGUGUGUCGCAAGGGUUGCGGGGUCUGGAGCUCCCGGAUGCUCGUGCGGCGCUGCGACCUCACUUUCGGCCUUGGCGUGGUGUCAAUCUGAUCCCACACACGCCAGUGGCGCAAACCGAUUUGUGGAUGGAGUUAUGAAGAGUGAGGAGAGGAGGAGGAGGAAGAGGAGCUUGCCAAGCGCCUGGCUGUAUUGGCAGUGACGGAUUGAAGGUUGUGCCUAGUAGUGUUGGUGGCUUGGAGUGAGUGGGAGCCAGCAAAUUUUGGUUCUGGUACACCCAGGAGGUCUACAAGGCGGCAGGUGCGGCUUGUCAGGAGGCAGACUCGGCAGGUCGUGUAACCACUACAGCAC